UCCGCUUAUGUUCUCUUCCCCGUUCUUUCGUUCUCUUUCGCCCACCGGCGGUUUUCUCAACCUCGUCUGCUUCUCGUCUUCGAUCUCUCACCUCUAGAAGGCCGGAUCCGGACACUUCCAGGUUGGCCGGUGCAUGGUAUUCCCGCGGUGUAGGGGCCACUAGAUUCCAUGGCGACGGCGGCGGGCGAGCGCGAGAAGCCCCAGUCUUCCAACCCCCUCGACAAUUUCUCCUUCCCGAUCUUGAAGAGAUGGGGCAACCAGCGGAUGCUCCGCUGCGCCAACGUCAACCGCAAGGGUGAGAUCAUCGAGGGCGAUCGGAGGCCUUCGCUUCCGGCUGCGGCCAGCGAACGAAGAGCUCUUCCAGACGGAGCGCGGAUCCGGGUGCCGGUGGAGGACUCGGAGGACGGCGAUGGCGGCAGCGACGACGGAGGGCUGGAGGAGCUGAGGGCGAAACUGAUGGGCCAUCUCCGCGAGGCGGCGGACUGGAUAAAGAUCGGGGCGUUGCCGCCUCUCUUGGGACGAAAGGCGGAGGGGGACGUGCCCGUGCCCGUGCCGGUGCAGGCGCCGGCGCCGGCGCCGGCUAGGGAGAUGGAGGCGGGGUUGGCACCGGAACCGGAACCCUCGUCGUCUGCGGCGGAGGCAGAGAGACCGUGGAAUCUAAGAACGAGGAGGGCGGCAUGCAAGGGCCCGAUCGGGACCGGAGGGCGGCAACCAAGCUCUAGCACUGCUCCGGCGGCGGCAGCAGCGGAGAGAGGUGGUCGGGAGAGGACGGUCCGGCUGAGAUCGGAGAGCGCGGGGAAGAGAGAGCGGCCUAAGCUCUCGGUCGCGCUCACGCCGGAGGAGAUCGAGGAGGACAUCUACGCCGUGACGGGAUCCAGGCCUCGCCGGCGGCCAAAGAAGAGACCUAGGAUCGUACAGAAGCAGUUGGAUUCGCUCUUCCCCGGCCUGUGGCUAUCGGAGAUCACCGCCGACUUGUACAAGGUUCCUGAUGAUUAGCCCAAGGACGGUGGCGCGGUUAUGUACACCUCCGGUUAGGAAACCCUCCUCCCCGCCCACUUCUUCCUCUCAAAUGCGGUUAUGUUCACCUCCGGUUAGCAAAUAUAAAUAAAACCCCCUUCUCGCCCAGUCCUCUCUCUCUCUCUCUCUCUCUCUCUCUGCGGUUCUUAGAGAGGGAUGUAUUGGAUUUGGUACGUUGGUGUUAGCUCAGAAAACUGAAAAGUAUCUAUCUAGUUGAUGUUCCUUUAUAUUGCGUUUUGAAUUAAACAACAUUACAUGGGUUUGGAUGUAAAAUUAUUUCAUGCAGAGCUUAGUAGAGUUUGUUUUUGAUA